AAGUCCCGCCCCUUUCCAAUGACGUAGACGGCGCUGUGUUGUGAGUCUGUUGGUAGCAAAACCUCACAUUACUGCACAUUUUACUUCAUUAUUUAAAUCAAGCGAUCUUGCUCCAAAGAAGGGCUGUACAUUGCGGAAUAUCAUGUCAGAUACGGAGACCAAGCCCUCAAGUGAUGGAGGCGAGAAGAAGGAUGGAGAAUAUAUUAAACUGAAAGUGAUCGGUCAGGACAACAGUGAAAUUCACUUCAAAGUGAAGAUGACGACACAUUUAAAGAAGCUGAAGGAAUCCUACAGUCAGAGACAGGGUGUACCCAUGAACUCUCUAAGGUUUCUUUUUGAGGGACAGAGAAUUGCAGACAACCAGACCCCCAAAGAGCUGGGAAUGGAAGAUGAGGAUGUGAUCGAGGUGUAUCAGGAACAGACCGGUGGCUGUCGGAAUGACUAGACAAUUAUUUUUCAUGCUCUUUAUUUUUAUCAUAAUUUUGUAUGUAUGACAUGUAUUUCAUCUGUUUCCUUUUGCUGUCACCUCAAAGGGAAGCAGAAAAACCAUCUGGAUCAAAUAGAUAAUCUGUUAGGACUGCUGUGUUUGAAGGAGUUGGGGUGGCAAACGUUCUUCCCCUCUUUCACUAUCCUCUGUCUGUGUUUGCGCUAACCAAUCCCUGCCUUCGUGCGCCUUUUUUAAAGGAUUCUGGUCAUUGACACAUGAAACAUGUUGUGCUGUGCCCUGAGCUGAUUGAAAUUUAUCCAUACAGUAAUGCUAAAAAACGUUAGAUUAUGCUGUUAAAUCCAAUCAAAUCAAGACAAAUGUUUGAUGGCAGCUUUGGUGUUCCUGUUGCUCACUUCUGUUCAUGAAUUUGGCUAUUGUUAAGAGUUCUGUCAGGUUCAUUAGCUUUCAUGAAAUACUUGUUUGUUUUAUUGUUUUUGAACCAAAAUCUCCAAAACAGGCUCGUUUUUUGCUAGUGAACACACCUGCCAUAAUGCCAUAAGAAAAACUUUGAGUAUUUUACAUUCUGAGAUGAUCAGUUUAUUUGUGCAGUUGUUGUCUGAUGUUAGAAAAGUGUAAAAUGUUUCUUCCCUUUUCUUGCAUGUGUCUUGCAACAGCUGUGUACAGUUGUACGGUAUAUUGCAAGAGGGAGUUCACUGUAUUGUUGUAAAUGACGAGUAGGGUUUUGUUUUGCAUGGUUUUGUGUAAUGUAUAUGAAUUUGUACUGCCCCUGUUUGAAUCUGUGUUGUCACCUACGCUGCCUGGUCUUGGGUAUUUGGCUCCCUUUUAGCCUCAAAAAUGGAUUUCAAAGCCUAGAAAUAAUGGGUAGCUAUGUUGUUUGAUUAGUACUCAGGGGCAUCAUUCACAUACACACAAUAAAUACAGCAACAGUGUCACUGUAAUUAUGUUUAUUUUCCUACACUUUUAUAUUUUUAAUUCUAUGCGCGAGGGGAGGGAAUUUGGUCCAGAUGGUUUUGUGGAUAUAGAAGAAUUAUGACUUUGCUUUUGUCUUUUUUUGUUUUGUUUUGUUUUUUUGUUUUUUUAAAUAAAAUGUGUCAUAAAACA